UGAUGGGGAAAUGAUGUGAUGUUAAUCUCAGCUGUUGCUGUGAAAUAAUCAGCUGUAGCUUGUUGCAUCGAGUCCUUUUCUACAGGGACUCUGUAGACGGAGAGGUUCUGUCAGACCACAUCAGUCCACCUCAGCCCCUCUGUGUGUCAGUGAAGGUAAAUCUGCACUUCACUGCAGCUUCAUGACGCCAUCUAGUGGCCUGAUAGUAGAAGUCCAGCAGCUGAUGGCAGCUUCCUCUGCCUCACUGCUGUCUGACUGCAUUCAGCUGACACUGAUAUGAAACAGAAAGUAACAGCCAAUCACUGGAGGAGCAGCUGAUCUUCUUACAGGAGAAAUGAUGGAAAGGAGGAUUUCAGUUGAUGUGCAGAUGAAGGAUUUGUGUUUCCUCUCCAGAUCAAAGUGUGUGUGAGCUGAUGUGGAUGUGAGUUCAGCAGCAUGAAUCAGUGUGAGGACAGAGAGGAGGGAGCCCCUCCCUCUAAAACCAGUCUGUGUGGGGAACAUGGCAGCCAGACCAGAGCUCAGAGGCCAGAGCAGCAGAGACCAGACUCUGCUGGACCUGGACCUGGACCUGAACCUGAGCCCAGCUGUGUGUCCUUCAAGAGUGACCAGUCAAAGGAUUUUUUUACUGAGUUUAAACGAGCGCAUUUAUCUGACAGACAGAUCCAUCAGAGACCAGACUCUGCUGGACCUGGACCUGGACCUGAACCUGAGCCCAGCUGUGUGUCCUUCAAGAGUGACCGGUCAAAUCUUCGCCUCAUUGAUUUUAAAGGACGACAACCCUCUGCUGCAAAGAGAGUCGACCAGGAGAGCUCAGAGGUUCCCAGUGGUCAGUCUGCCCAGCAGCAUCAAACACACCUGGACUCCAUAUUUAUGCUGCUGGAGGAGAACAUUGUCACUUUUGUGAAGAACGAGCUGAAGAAGAUCCAGAAGGUUCUGAGUUCAGAUUACCCAGAAUGCUUAGAGAGUCAGUGGGAAGAAGAGGAGGUGUUGGUUGAUGAGGAGGAAGAGCAGAGGAGGAGCAGCAGAGAGGCAUUUCUGAAGAUCACACUGCACUUCCUGAGGAGAAUGAAGCAGGAGGAGCUGGCUGACUGUCUGCAGAUCAGAAGUCAUUCUGCAGUUUGUCAGCAUAAACUUAAAUCUAACCUGAAGAAGAAGUUCCAGUGUGUGUUUGAGGGGAUCGCUAAAGCAGGAAACCCAACCCUUCUGAACCAGAUCUACACAGAGCUCUACAUCACAGAGGAAGGGACUGCAGAGGUCAAUGAUGAACAUGAGGUCAGACAGAUUGAAACAGCAUCCAGGAAACCAGACAGACCAGAAACAACAAUCAGACAAGAAGACAUCUUUAAACCCUCACCUGGAAGAGAUGAACCAAUCAGAACAGUGAUGACAAAGGGAGUGGCUGGCAUUGGGAAAACAGUCUUAACACAGAAGUUCACUCUGGACUGGGCUGAAGACAAAGCCAACCAGGACAUACACUUCACAUUUCCAUUCACUUUCAGAGAGCUGAAUGUGCUGAAAGAGGAAAAGUACAGCUUGGUGGAACUUGUUCAUCACUUCUUUACUGAAACCAAAGAAGCAGGAAUCUGCAGGUUUGAAGAGUUCCAGGUUGUGUUCAUCUUUGACGGUCUGGAUGAGUGUCGACUUCCUCUGGACUUCCACAACAAUGAGGUCCUGACUGAUGUUACAGAGUCCACCUCAGUGGAUGUGCUGCUGACAAACCUCAUCAGGGGGAACCUGCUUCCCUCUGCUCGCCUCUGGAUAACCACACGACCUGCAGCAGCCAAUCAGAUCCCUCCUGGGUGUGUUGGCAUGGUGACAGAGGUCAGAGGGUUCACUGACUCACAGAAGGAGGAGUACUUCAGGAAGAGAUUCAGAGAUGAGGAGCAGGCCAGCAGAAUCAUUUCCCACAUCAAGACAUCACGAAGCCUCCACAUCAUGUGCCACAUCCCAGUCUUCUGCUGGAUCACUGCUACAGUUCUGGAGGAGGUGUUGAAAACCAGAAAGAGUGGAGUGCUGCCCAAGACCCUGACUGAGAUGUACAUCCACUUCCUGGUGGUUCAGUCCAAACUGAAGAAAAUCAAGUAUGAUGGAGGAGCUGAGACAGAUCCACACUGGAAUAAAAAGAGCAGGAAGAUGAUUAAGUCUCUGGGAAAACUGGCUUUUGAGCAGCUGCAGAAAGGCAACCUGAUCUUCUAUGAAUCAGACCUGACAGAGUGUGGCAUCGAUAUCAGAGCAGCCUCAGUGUACUCAGGAGUGUUCACACAGAUCUUUAGAGAGGAGAGAGGGCUGUACCAGGACAAGGUGUUCUGCUUCGUCCAUCUGAGCGUUCAGGAGUUUCUGGCUGCUUUUCAUGUCCAUCUGACCUUCAUCAGCUCUGGUGUCAAUCUGAUGUCAGAACAACAAUCAACAUCCUGGUGGUCUAAAUUAUUUAAUGACAAACAGAAUCUACACCAGAGUGCUGUGGACAAGGCCUUACAGAGUCCAAAUGGACACCUGGACUUGUUCCUCCGCUUCCUCCUGGGACUUUCACUGCAGACCAAUCAGGCUCUCCUACGAGGCCUGCUGACACAGACAGGAAGUGGCUCAAAAACCAGUCAGGUAACAGUUAAGUACAUCAAGAAGAAGAUCGAAGAGACUCCCUCUGCAGAGAAAAGCAUCAAUCUGUUCCACUGUCUGAAUGAACUGAAUGAUCGUUCUCUAGUGGAGCAGAUCCAAAAGUCCCUGAGUUCAGGAAGUCUCUCCACAGAUAAACUGUCUCCUGCUCAGUGGUCAGCUCUGGUCUUCAUCUUACUGUCAUCAGAAACAGAUCUGGAUGUGUUUGACCUGAAGAAAUACUCUGCUUCAGAGGAGGCUCUUCUGAGGCUGCUGCCAGUGGUCAAAGCCUCCAUUAAAGCUCUACUGAGUUACUGUAACCUCUCAGAGAGAAGCUGUGAAGCUCUGUCUUCGGUUCUCAGCUCCCAGUCCUCUAGUCUGAGAGAGCUGGACCUGAGUAACAACAACCUGCAGGAUUCAGGAGUUAAGCAGCUGUCUGCCGGACUGGAGAGUCCACAUUGUACACUGGAAACUCUCAGACUGAGUGUCUGUAACCUCUCAGAGAGAAGCUGUGUAGCUCUGUCCUCAGUUCUCAGCUCACAGUCCUCUAGUCUGAGAGAGCUGGACCUAAGUAACAAUGACCUCGAUGAUUCAGGAGUGAAGCUGCUGUCUGCUGGACUCGAGAGUCCACACUGUACACUGGAAACUCUCAGACUGAGUUGCUGUAAACUCUCAGAGAAAAGCUAUGAAGCUCUGUCCUCAGUUCUCAGCUCCCAGUCCUCUAGUCUGAGAGAGCUGGACCUGAGUAAAAACGACCUGCAGGAUUCAGGAGUGAAGCUGCUGUCUGCUGGACUGGAGAGUCCACACUGUACACUGGAAACUUUCAGUCUGAGUUGUUGUAAACUCUCAGAGAGAAGCUGUGAAGCUCUGUCCUCAGUUCUCAGCUCCCAGUCCUCUAGUCUGAGAGAACUGGACCUGAGUAACAACGACCUGCAGUAUUCAGGAGUGAAGCAGCUGUCUGCUGGACUGGAGAGUCCACACUGUACACUGGAAACGCUCAGACUGAGUGACUGUAACCUCUCAGAGAGAAGCUGUGAAGCUCUGUCCUCAGUUCUCAGCUCCCAGUCCUCUAGACUGAGAGAGCUGGACCUGAAAAACAACAACUUGCAGGAUUCAGGAGUUAAGCUGCUGUCUGCUGGACUGGAGAGUCCACAUUGUACACUGAAAACUCUCAGGCUGUCAGGCUGUCUGAUCACAGAGGAAGGCUGUGCUUCUCUGGCCUCAGCUCUGAGCUCCAACCCCUCCCAUCUGAGAGAGCUGGACCUGAGCUACAAUCAUCCAGGAGACUCAGGAGUGAAGCUGCUGUCUGCUGGACUGGAGGAUCCACACUGGAGACUGGACACUCUCAGGGUGGAGCCCGGUGGAGUCCGAUGGCUGAGACCAGGUCUGAGGAAGUAUUCCUGUGAACUCACACUCGACACAAACACAGUGAACAGAAAGAUCAAACUGUCUGACGACAACAGGAAGGUGACACGUGUGGAGGAGGAUCAGCCAUAUCCUGAUCAUCCAGACAGGUUUGACUACUGGCCUCAGCUGCUGUGUAGAAAUGGUCUGACUGGUCGCUGUUACUGGGAGGUCGAGUGGAGAGGAGAUGUUGAUAUAUCAGUGAGUUACAGAGGAAUCAGCAGGAGAGGAGGCAGUAAAGACUGUGUGUUUGGAGGGAAUGAUCAGUCCUGGAGUCUGAGCUGCUCUGAUGCUGAUGGUUACUCUGUCUGUCACAAUAACAGAAGAACAUACAUCUCCUCCUCCUCCUCCUCCUCCUCUGUCUCUGACAGAGUAGCAGUGUAUGUGGACUGUCCUGCUGGCACUCUGUCCUUCUACAGAGUCUCCUCUGACACACUGAUCCACCUCCACACCUUCAACACCACAUUCACUGAACCUCUUUAUCCUGGCUUUGGGUUCUGGUCCAGGUCUGGUUCCUCAGUGUCUCUGUGUUCUCUGUAGGAGGGAGAGUCUCCUCCUGUUAAAGAAACACAUCAGUUGAGUCUGUACAGGAUCACAGCUACAGAAAUCUUUCAGGUUAUUGUCAUAAAUUCAUCAAUGAACUCAAAGUGAUUUUCAAAGGUUCCUCAUUUCCACUGUAAACUUGUUCCACUUCCAGUCCUUUAAAGAUGGCCGCUCAUUUCCACUGUAAACUUGUUCCACUUCCAGUCCUUUAAAGAUGGCCGCUCAGAUCAUUAAAUGGUGGAAAUGCUGUUGACUUGUUCCUUCUGUCAUGUGUUGUUUUGAAUUCUGGCUCUUGUUCCAAUAAAAGCAGAAUGUUACUGUGA